UCUGCCCCAGAUCACGUUUGCCACUAGCAGCCAACCAGUCGAGCCUGACUCCGCGGGCCACAAGCGAUUGGGGGCCAGUGAGCUCGGCACCACAGUCCCCCGACCGAGUCGCCCCCGCUCAGGCCCGAGGCGGUUUAUCCUGCCCUCCCCGGCCACCUCCCCCUCGUGGAACCAGAGCAGCGGCCUCGCUGUAACGCAGAGGCGAAAUGUAGCGAGCCGGGGGUCGCGGCUUGAACGCUCGCCUUUGCUGGGGGUGUGGGGGGGCACGCGAGGGGUCCAGGCGGACUGCCGAGGAAGAGGAGUGAUGAGAAGAGGGGGAACCCUGCACCUCCCGAGACCACGGGCCCCUGCUGCCACUCGCCAGGUGCCCCCCUUCCUCCCAAGCGAGAGGCAGGUGUUCCAUACAGGUUCUCGUGACUUGAAGGACCAGCAAUUUUGGGAGGUACAAGAUCUUCCCCAGAAGGAAGGAAAUCUCUGGAAGAUAAAGGGAAGACGGCAGACAUUGCCCUGGGACCAGCAGAGCCCAAGGAGCUGUGCGAAGCUUAAGGAGCGGGGCCAGAGGUGUGGAAAGGAGCCGCAGGUCCAAGGCCAGGCUGCCUUCUAAAAGACUUGCCCUCAAGCUGCUUUUCAUGAAAGAAGGGCCACCUCAGAGGGCACCCCAGAUUUGGCUGGGUUCUUCCACUCUGGAUGCCCUCUGCUCUGAGGAGCCUGUUGCUGAGAACCAAAGAAGAUAAGAGGCCAGAUAAGUUUCCCCCCAGCCCAGCGUUGGCCGGCGGGAGUCAGGCAUCUGCACCCCUAGUGGCUGACUGUGGGGUCUGGUGAGGAGUUGCUGGUUCCCUCCAGCUUGCGGCUUCAGUGCUUGAUGGGGCUGCCUGUCAGUAGAUCAGUUUUUAUAGAGCCUGGUAGGAGCAGAGAGCCGUGGGAAGAGGUCCUACGGCACCCAAGCCUGGGUUCACCCCAAGACUAAGUUCUUUCCUGAGUUAGAAAGGGAGAGAGAAAGCAAAACAAAAAAAAGGAGAAAGAGAGGAAAUUUCCCCUUUUCCCUCCUCCCUUCCCGUCAUGUCCUCUAAGUCGGAGCCGAAGGACGUCCACCAGCUGAACGGGACUGGCCCUGCUGCCUCACUCUGCUCUUCAGAUGGCCCCGGACGAGAGCCCUUGGCUGAGACCUCUGAGUUCCUGGGGCCUGAUGGGGCUGGGGUAGAUGUGGUGGUGAUUGAGUCUCGGGCCAACGCCAAGGGGGUUCGGGAGGAGGACGCCCUGCUGGAGAACGGGAGCCAGAGCAAUGAAAGUGACGACAUCAGCACAGACCGUGGCCCCGCACCACCCUCCCCGCUCAAGGAGACCUCCUUUUCCAUCGGGCUGCAAGUGCUGUUUCCCUUCCUCCUGGCAGGCUUCGGGACUGUGGCUGCGGGAAUGGUGCUGGACAUCGUGCAGCACUGGGACGUCUUCCAGAAGGUGACGGAGGUCUUCAUCCUGGUGCCUGCACUGCUGGGGCUUAAGGGGAACCUGGAAAUGACCCUGGCUUCAAGGCUGUCCACCGCAGCCAACAUCGGGCACAUGGACACACCCACGGAGCUCUGGCGGAUGAUCACUGGGAACAUGGCCCUCAUCCAGGUGCAGGCCACAGUGGUGGGCUUCCUGGCAUCCAUCGCAGCUGUCAUCUUUGGCUGGAUCCCCGACGGGCACUUCAGUAUCCCACAUGCCUUCCUGCUCUGUGCCAGCAGCGUGGCCACAGCCUUCAUUGCCUCCCUAGUACUGGGUAUGAUUAUGAUUGGGGUCAUCAUUGGCUCUCGUAAGAUUGGAAUCAACCCAGACAAUGUGGCCACUCCCAUUGCUGCCAGCCUGGGCGACCUCAUCACCUUGGCACUGCUCUCAGGCAUCAGCUGGGGACUCUACCUGGAGCUGGAUGACUGGCAGUACAUCUACCCGCUGGUGUGUGCCUUCUUCGUGGCCCUGCUGCCUGUCUGGGUGGUGCUGGCUCGACGGAGCCCAGCCACAAGGGAGGUGUUGUACUCGGGCUGGGAGCCUGUCAUCAUUGCCAUGGCCAUCAGCAGUGUGGGAGGCCUCAUCUUGGACAAGACUGUCUCAGACCCCAACUUUGCAGGGAUGGCUGUCUUCACACCUGUGAUUAAUGGUGUUGGGGGCAAUCUGGUGGCAGUGCAGGCCAGCCGCAUCUCCACCUUCCUGCACAUGAAUGGAAUGCCGGGGGAGAACUCUGAGCAAGCCCCGCGCCGCUGCCCCAGUCCGUGUACCACCUUCUUCAGUCCUGAUGUGAAUUCUCGCUCAGCCCGGGUCCUCUUCCUCCUCGUGGUUCCAGGACACCUAGUGUUCCUCUACACCAUCAGCUGUAUGCAGGGCGGGCACACCACACUCACACUCAUCUUCAUUGUCUUCUACAUGACCGCUGCACUGCUCCAGGUGCUGAUUCUCCUGUACAUCGCAGACUGGAUGGUGCACUGGAUGUGGGGCCGGGGCCUGGACCCUGACAACUUCUCCAUCCCGUACUUGACAGCGCUGGGGGACCUGCUUGGCACUGGGCUCCUAGCACUCAGCUUCCAUGUCCUCUGGCUCAUUGGGGACCGAGACACGGAUGUCGGGGACUAGCCUGGUCACUCAAUCUUCUCCCCACCCCUCUGCACUUUCUCUUUGAAUUUUUUCUUUUGUUCCUCUUCCCCCAGUCCAUUCCACACUCCCACAUCUUUCUAGGACUUCACUUUGAUACCGAAUUCUCAUUAUUUUCAAUGGGAAUUUUUAUACGUUGAGCCAAGUAUGUAUAGCAAGAAUUCAGGCAGAAUAGAUGGAUUGACUGAGACAAGCAGUACAACUAGAUUUUUGAGACAAUCACCAAGUGCAAUUUCAUGGUGGGUGCCUCCAGGUGAGGUGGAUUGGGGCAGGAGUUUCCGUCUGGGAUCUGGGGACAUCUUUAGCCAACUUAGUCUUGGCCCUAAUGAGAAACCCUUUGUGAGUGGGCUCUGGUGUUUUUGUUUUCUUUUUUUCUUUUUGGUUGAACAGAGGGAUAAAUAUCUCUCUCUCUCUCUCUCUCUCUCUCUCUCUCUCUCUCUCCUCUCUCUCCUCUCUCUCUCUCUCUCUCUCUCUCUGUCUCUCUCUCAUACACACACACACGCACACACACGCACACUCUUUCUAGAAAUGGACCAACUUCAAAGCACUAGGCAGGAGACAGCUGCUCUUGGCCCCAUAUAAUCCUAGCCCUGUUUUCUGCCCUCUGGACCUAGGCCCUUCUGCUCUCAAAAACAGUAGAGUGGAUUGACUGUUUGAAUUGUGUACAUGCCCCUUACCCGAUUGCCUGGUAAGCACCACCCACCCCUCCCAUCGAUCUGUUUUCAAACUGAUUGUCACAGUCGGGAAGAAAUGAGCAGUGGCCUGUUUUCCUUGCUGACCCACGUCCACCCAUAGGUUUACCAAGAUCUACAUCCUCCCUGGGCCCAGAGGACCUAUUCUUUAUCUCUGUUCAACCUGCAUCUCUAAUUGUCUCUAAGCACUAUCUUCCCCAGAGCUUGCCAGGUCGGGUUCCGAGAUUAGGAACGGGAAUGGGUAUGUGGAAAAUGGUUGGGAGGUUGAGGACAACCAGGGGGUUUUCACUACUGCUGUUUCUCCUGAGGACACACUCACGUGGUCACCUGAGACCGUCACUUCCUAAAAUCACUCUGUCAUGCCAUGGAGGCCAGUUGUCCUUUCUGUUGGCUUCUGCCUACAUUCAUCAUUCAUUCACUUAACAAAUACACAGCCUCCCCAAGAGGAGCGUUUCUGCAGGCAUGGUCUGAAACAUUCAUUGAGCAAUAUUUAUCGAGUGCCUACUAUGUAUUACGUACUGUGCCAGGCUAGCCGGUAGUAAGGGAAACACAGCUCUAACCUCAUCUCGUUCCCCAGAUAAAGGCUAUAUGCUCCUUUCAAUCUGGCAGAGAGUCUCCUCGCUGUAAGUAUUUGCAUUUAUAUCAACCAGGCCAAGUUUUGCCUCUGGAUCUCCCUCUCAAGACCCCACUUCUGUAUAAUGCCAACCACAGCUAGAGCCCCCAGCUCCAUGGCGCAACCAGUGUUCAUUUCCCUAAAUGACCCUUCCUCACCUUCCCAACCCUCCACCUCCUCACCAGCCACGCAAAGGAGGAUUCAGAACUAGUAGACUGGACAUCAACCAGCUGCCUCUGUUUUUCUCUGCCUAGCACAAGAUUGAGAGAACACUGGAGUCUCUGUAUCUUACCCACAUGUUAUUCCAAACAGAUCUGUCCACACUCACACAUAUACAAAUACGGGCAUUUGAAUGCAAGUUUUUCCUAGCCUCUAUCCACAGACUCCCCAGAAACCCUCCCCUCUGUCACCUAAAGGGCACACCUCUAGGGAAGGCCAGGGAAUGAUCUUGUCUCUGACAAACACCAUGCCUCAUCCCAAGAACUUGCCCCAUACCUCCAACUCUCUUCUCUCUCCCUCCAUUUCCACCCAGACCAUCUUCUGGAGUCUAGAACCUUAGAAUUGAAAGGAAUUGUAGAGGUUUAUCUAGUUGGAGUUGUGUCCAACAGAGUUCAUUAACACCAGCCUGGGCUUGUUUCUGCUCCUCUCUCAGGCUUUCUUUCAUCUUUUUCUCCAUCUCCAAACAUAUUUGCACACACUCUUCUUGUACAGGCACUAAAACCAACUCCUCUGCCCCAGAGGCCGUGCCCUGUGAUCCCCAGUUACCCCGUCCAGUCACUUACCCCUUCCUAAUCUCUGGAGUUUGACCAGGCUGCCCUGGGAGACUUGGGAGCACCCUCCUUUGCCAAAAGAGCAGGAAGGUCGGCGUGCCCUCAGCCCUGAGUGUGUAAGCAGAGGGAGGACUGUGGGGCGAGACGGGAAGAAAAUGAAGUUGACUUUCAUGGAAGAUUCUUUUCCCCUGAUUGCACAAACUGCAUGUACUUUUGGCCUGGCUGCAAGGAGCGACAUUGGUUUACUCUUGUAUCCUUAAAAAGUUACAAAAAUGUGUCUUAAGAGAAUUAUUUAUAGUUACUAUAACUGAAUUGACAAAUGUCAACAUAACUGAUAAAUUAUAUUUGGUAAAAUAAAAAGGACGUUUAUUUA